GGUGGGAGGAAAGACACUUUGAAGGGGGAGAUAAGGGUUAUUAGGUUUGGCAGGGAGGAGUUCAGCAAAAUAAGGGGGGAAAACGCCUCAAAUGCUUAGGGGAGGAUCUGCACUCCUACUCUGUAACUUCUCACUGCGCAGGGAAUUGAGGUGGGCGCCAGAUAUCGUUCCUGGGAUGGAGUUAAGUAGAAGGAAAAGCUCAUUCUGCUAAAUUUCUGUGCCAUAGUAUUGUGAAAGUACAAGGAGGCAAUUUUAGUUGUCAGCAUUCCCAUUUUGCAGUAGUGCUGGUCUUUACUCUUCGCUUGCCAGAAAAGCAGGAGAUUCAAAGUCUUUCCUGAUGGAAUAUAAUCCCAAGGGACUGAAGAUCUCUUUGCAACACUUACACAGAAAUUAACACAUUCCACAAAAUAUUACCCCAGUCCCCAAGAAGGAAUCCCCGAGGCCCUGUAUAGGAAGAAUGUUCUGUCAUUCUGCAGAAUCAAGAAUUAGCUGCUUGAACUGGAGUUGAGUUGGCUUCUUUGGAAAACCCAACCCCUGGAAAUCAUUACAAAAUCCACAGCCUUCAAGCCUUCCUUGUGAACCGUCAGUUAGGAGGAAGUUUUGCAAACAAGUGCCGUUUGUCAGAACUGACAAGUGCCUGUGUGAGGGUGGAGAAAAGGCACGAGUUUGGCUGAGCUGCCACUCAGACCUGCCUGCUUGCAAUCAACUACUUAAUUCAAGGAAAUGCAGGAGAUGUUUCUGAAGCUCUCAUAGGCUCAGACUGAUGAUACUUCUGGUGCGGACUCCUCCCCUCACUCAGGUAUGAGGGAAACAGGAAGCAUCAGUCUCAGACAAUGAACUACGUGGGCCAGCUUGCUGAGACGGUGUUUGGGACUGUGAAGGAGCUCUAUAAAGGCCUGAACCCAGCCACCCUGACCGGCUGCAUUGAUGUCAUUGUGGUGAGGCAACCAGAUGGCACCUUAUAUUGUUCACCUUUCCAUGUGCGCUUUGGGAAGCUGCGUGUCUUGCAUUCCAGCGAGAAAGUGGUUGAUAUAGAAAUCAAUGGAGAGCCAGUUGACCUACAUAUGAAGCUGGGUGACAAUGGAGAAGCUUUCUUUGUUCAGGAGUUUGAAGAACAAAAGGAGAGCAUCCCUACCUCCUUGUGCACAUCUCCCAUACCCUCGGAGAAAAGCUCAGCUCCUGUAACUAGAUCUUCCAGCUUGCAUGGAAACCCUGAUGGCUCGGAUACAACCCUUCGUAAGAAAAGAAGGUGUAAGAAGAAGCCAAAGAAGGAAUUGGCGGCCGACUCCACUUCGGAAGAAGAGGAGACUGAAAGUGAAAGGUCCCUGGAGGAGAAGCGGAAGCUGAUGACUUCCAACACUUCAAUGUAUUACUCAUUCACUGAUGUUCAGAAUGAAGGCGCUGGGACUUUGCAACCAAAGGAAGCCUAUCCCUACUCUGAUGGAGAGCUGGCUCCCUUACAGAGCCUCUCUCCAAACUCUUUAUUGGCCCCCAAAAGUGACUCUGAAUUGGAGAUCAGGAAUCCUGAAAUGCUGCUUGGCUCUGAGUCCCACAUGCAGUGGUUGUGGGGAAGACUCCCUGAGGUGAGCAAAUGGGAACGUGCAGAAGCAACAAAGCCUGCCACAAGUAUCUCCAUGAUACCAGCUGUUUCCCCAGCUACCACCAUCCCUGUGGGGGAAACAACUCACUUCAUUGCCAUUAAAACAGGCCUAGAAGAGGACUUGGACACUGCUGACUUGGAUGCAUCCUGUCCUCCAGUCACUUCCUUAAUCAGGCCAACCCCUGUCUUUUCUACUGGAAAGAGCAGCCUUUCAGGAGGUGAAGACCCCCAUCCCUCCACUCAGCUGGACAGCGGUGAUCUAGAGUCAGCUCAGGCUCUUGCAGAGGAGAUGAAAGAUGUCCAAGGCCUAGCAACAGCUGCUGAGACGGAAGGAAAAUUGUGCAUAGAGGAGGUGACUGAGCAGAUUCAGGAACUCAAUCAGGAAGUGCUGGCUUCAAGGAGAACUAGUUUGGGGAGCACAGAGCCCUGCAGCAGCCUGGAGUCGCAAAUGGAGAAGAGAAGGGGCUCUGUGAAGAGAAGCUCUCAUCUGGGACCUGCUGAUAUUUACUUAGAGGAUCUCUCCAACCUCGACUCGGAACAGGUGGCACUCUAUUUCCCCAAAAGUGAUGCUGAACUAAGUGGCCAAGCACAGGCUGAUCCUGGCAGCUUCUCUCAUACUCACCCACUGGGUGGUGCUAAUGUUGGCAACAGCACAGAUAACUUCUUGGAGCCUGCAACAUGUGAUCUGAUGCCUCCCAUCCUUCUGUCCCUUUGUGGUGGUCUUGGGGAUGAUGGAGAACUAACUCAUGUAGAGAAAUUUAUGAAGCAUAUAGUUUCCUACCAGGAGUUUGCAGAGAACCCAGCAGUACUUGAGGAUCCAAACCUGGUGAUACAGAUACAGAAGAAAUAUUAUAACUGGGCAGUUGCAGCUCCCAUGCUCCUCUCCCUACAAGCUUUCCAGAAGAAUCUUCCCAAGAGUACUGUUGACAGACUAAUGAAGGAGAAGAUGCCGAAGAAGGGUGGCAGGUGGUGGUUUUCGUGGCGGAGAAGAGAACUUUCCAGCGAGGAGCAAGAAUCCAGGGCCCAGAAAACCAGUACAGCAGACAAGCAUCAAGGAGACUCCUUUGUACAGAGUAAAGAAGAUGCUUCUUCCAGUGAUGAUGAGUCCAUAUCCUCAGGCCAAGGGGACAGGCCCCUACCGGAUGCUAUCACACAGAAAUUCCUGCCAACCUACAAGAAAUCCUUGAAACUAUCUUCAGAUCAAAUUAAGAGUCUGAACCUCAGAGAUGGUCCCAAUGAGGUAGUGUUCAGUGUGACCACUCAAUACCAGGGCACAUGUCGCUGUGAAGCCACCAUUUACUUAUGGAACUGGGAUGACAAGGUGGUGAUCUCUGACAUUGAUGGGACAAUCACUAGGUCUGAUGCUCUGGGUCACAUCUUGCCAUAUCUGGGGAAAGACUGGACCCACCAAGGGAUUGCUAAACUGUUCCACAAAAUUCAUCUGAAUGGAUACAAGUUUCUCUAUUGUUCAGCCAGAGCCAUUGGCAUGGCACACAUCACCAAAGGCUACUUGGACUGCAUCAAUGACCAGGGCUGUGUGCUCCCCAAAGGUCCCAUCCUGUUGGCACCUAGCAGUCUCUUCUCAGCGCUUCAUAGGGAAGUCAUCGAGAAAAAGCCAGAGGUGUUCAAAAUUGCCUGCUUAACAGACAUCCGGAAUCUGUUUGGUUCCAAUAGGCAACCCUUCCAUGCUGCCUUUGGGAACAGGACGAAUGAUGUUUAUGCCUACAAGGAAGUGGAGCUUCCUGAAUCCCGGAUAUUCACUGUGAACCCCAAGGGAGAACUGAUCCAAGAGCUCAUAAAGCUCCACAAGUCCACAUAUGAUCGGCUGGGUGAGGUGGUAGAACUCCUCUUUCCUCCUGUUGGCAAAGAUGUGAGCGUUUCCUUGGUUUGUCCAGAGUUCAGCCAAUUCUCUUACUGGAGAUCUCCGCUGCCCACAGUUGACUUGGAAGAUCUUGCCUGAGAAUACAGAACCAGGGUCAACAAGAAGGAUCUUUAGCUGUUGGCAGACUAAUAUGGUAGAUGUGCAGGAUAUGCUUCGUGCAGCAUCUUCCCCGCUAUGUGAAGUAAUUCCAUUUUCAAAAAGUGUGUGUGAGUGUGCACGCACAUACAUGCAGAUGGGCACUUAGAAUUGCAAUUCCUCUUAUUUUUCAAGGCAGAAUGUGGAAAAAAGGUGGUCAAAUAAAUGAGUGUACUUUUCUUAUGAACUAGGAAUGUUUUCAGACAUCCUCAAAGAGUCUGACCUAAAUCCUCCUUUAAAAUUGGUGAGCAAAUUGAUGGUGGAUUUGACUAUUAAUGAUGGAUGCUAUUCACACUUGUCCCUCCUUGUUCCGAUGGCCUAUAUAUGUAUGGUGCCCACAGAAACCCUGUAUCCUGGAAGGGAAAACAAGGGAAGAGAACUUUGCCAGUGAACCUCUAGAGCUUCAGUCUGUUGUGGUGAUACUAAUGAAUUGCUCAAUUCCUCUUGCUUUGUUCAGCAGAUUAUUGGCAUUAUGGUGGGCAUUUCCUAAUGGCGUUGGUACAUGCUCUAAUCCAGGGCUACUCAACUUUGGCCCUCUUGCAGAUGUUGGCCUACAACUCCCAUAAUGCCUGACUAUUGGCCAUUGUAGCUAGGGACUAUGGGAGUUGUAGUCCAGAAACAGCUGGAGCGCCAAAGUUGAGCAGCCCUGCUCUAAUCUUUAGUGCCUUAAUCUCUACAUGCUUGUGUCUACCUGUUUGAGCCACAUUAUGUAGGAGAUAGACAACUGUCUUUUUUUACAGAAAGCUGAAGGAGGGACAAUUGAGGCAAUGUUGCUUACAGUGUACAUGCUUGUCUACUAGCCUCUUUGUUCACAGACUUUAUUGUGCUUCAAAAAUAUGCAAAUCACAUUCGACCAGAGGUGGCAGUGGGAUAAAAGAUACGUGUGUUAAUUCAUAAAGAACUAAAUCUCCUCUCAUACUGCCUUCAAUUCUCUCUUAAAAGCAACAUCUCUUCUCUUUUAAGUUGUUCACUGUAACUUCUGGUGAGGGAGUACUCCUUUAUAAGCUGUCUCUUGUCUGCAACUGCUAUUGAAGAAUGCUGCUGCUACUACUGAAAGAGACUCUGGUGCUAUUGAAUCUCUCCUGGAUUCUGAGCUGUACCUGUCUAUCUUGAAGACAGUUACAUUUAUCCACCCUUCCCAUGGCCUACUACCAAAGGAUAUUUUCAGACAUGGGAUUGAGUUAGGAAUAAACUGCUUGGUUGUGUGUAAGUUCAGAGGUGCUCCAGAAUUGCAUUGUUUUAUUGAGGGAUGGCUUAUUUUAAGUGGCUGCUUAGUUGUGUAACAAAGGACCAGUUUUGACACCACAUUAGCUGAGUGGGGUGGUUCCGAAACCCCAGUUCCUAUAUUCUCAUGGUCCACUGCAGUUCUUAAAUAGUGAAGCUAUGCCACUUAGUUGGCGGCUAUAUUUUUGCAUGGGAAUACACCAAAAAUGUGUUGCAAUGCGUUUGACCCCAUGAUUUGAGUAAUGUGUAUCUUUAUUCCACAAAUGAGCAUUGAGAAGGGAAACGAGGAAGGAAAUAACUGGCAAGAGAAGGGUGGAAACCAAAAACUUUGGGAUUUAAUCUCUGUGGUUAUUUUUCACUGAACUUCGACAGCAUCAGUAUAAGCAGCUGCCCCAGCUUGAAUGAAAGCUUGGACCUGGCCCAAGGCAACAAUCCUUGUUCUACCUCACUUGCACGUCCCUCUUUUUGUGAACUUAGACAGGACUUCUUGCAUUAUAUUAAGCAAUGGUUCAACACAAGUCCUGUGAGUUGCUUAUGUUGUGACGAAUCUGAUGAUCCAUAGUGAAUGGGCUAGCUAUAGUGAAUGGAAUGCUAAGACUGCUGUGCAGGUACAAUAAACACUCUGAAACUGA